UUGCUUAAACGUAAUUACGACCCACCUGCAAGCAAUAUAUUGAAAGCGUUAGAUGAGUUUGAUGAUUACAUGACGUUGAGCACACGUUACGGCCAAUUUGAAACAGGCGAUAUGCGAUUUCAACUCAGUAUAGCCAAUGAGACACGUAUUAAUUUGAUUCUUUGGUAUCUUGUUUGUAUAUGGAUCAGUGGAUUGAAUCUCGCUCUUGGAAGUGGAGACAAGACAAUUCUUUCUAACGAAACAUCUCUGGAUUCCAUGGGUUAUAGCUUUUCAAACUUUGAACCACUUUCUACUAUGGACUUGAGAGAAUACAUGACUGAGUUAUUAAAAAAGAAUCCUUCGCUUCGUGAUUGUCCAGCUCCAGUUUUACCAAUUACAAGAGAUCAGUGUUCCCAAACUCAAUGCAGAGAUCAUGAAGACUGUCAAGAUCAAGGUUUUUUAUGUUGUUUCAAUGGGUGUGUAUUCACCUGUCAACACAAGAUACCACCCCCUCCUGUUAUUGAUUGGCCAGAAGAACCACCAGGGAUCUCUACUUUCCCUACUUACCCUGACAGUUUUCGAAAUGUGACUACAUUUUCUUCACCAGAAGUAAAAACUUGCAGCACCUCGCCAACGUCGCCCCCCAGCAUGUCUUUAGACUGCCCAGCGGGAUAUGUUUGUCGUAUUGAACAUGUCGAGGAUCCUCUUGCAGGAGUGCCAAACCUUGGAAUUUGUGUACCAGUGGUAAAUGGUGAAAAAUUGGAAUCUAAAGAUAGCGGAGAUACGUAUCUUGAGAAAUUUGGAAAAGAAACUGUUUUUCUACCAGGAGGAUGUGCUUUAUCUAAAGAAAAAUAUGAUCAACUGCAAGAAUUCCAAAAACGACCGUACAUAGUUGGUUGCAUCUGUACUGGAGGUGUUGUGGAAUGUAACAUCUCGCGGAAUGGCUCAGAUCUACACCUGAAAACUCGUACGAAGAAUGUAUUUCACAAUGUUCUGAAGACUAGAAAAAGGACAAAGGAGUAAAACAACGAAAGAUGGAGAAGUGAUAAAAUUCAAGUUGUCAUUGUGAGUUUGGGUGGUGAUUUUCGCCUUUUAUGUAGUUUCAACUUUGUUUGUUUUUCAAAAUAUUUUAAUUAUUUGAUUACAUUUCAGAAUAAGUAGACUUUUUUAAAACCCAGAUUACAUAAGUUAUAGGAACUUAACUAAAUAAAUGAUUAUGCGUUUAGUUAUAGUUUUAAGUAGAUAAGUGAAAAAAAAAAUGUUUUGAUACGUUGUGUUAACUUUAGUCCUAAUGUAAUUACACUAAAGUAGUUUAAAUGAUCGUGUUUGUAGGUAGUAGCUUUUCCUGAGUCACUACUUCAAGAACACAUAAACGAAUAAUACUAUUUUAGAGCUGGCAUGACCUGCAUGCACGUGAAUAAAUUAUAGUUGCAUUAGAUUGUCCCUGGGGAAAGUGUUACGUCAAAAUGUAUUUUAUACGUCACUUGCUCGAGGUUUUGUUUUGAAUAUGUUCUUUAGAGUUGGUAAUAUGUAUAAGUUAUGUGAGUCUGCAUCAGAGAUUUACGUUAUUCUAGAAAAAUACGAGAAGAGAAGAUCACCCAGUGUAAAUAUUUUCUUUUUAAACUUCUUCCUGUGUAUAAACUUUUAACUGUUGCUUUUAAUGCGUAUUAUAAUACAGUUAAGAAAACGUUAGGGUUAGUGGAAGUAAUACUAACACUUGGUUACAGUGUUGUUGUCGAUGUAGAAUUUCGUAGAAAUGAGCUCCAAUGUACAGGUUUUCUAGAUUCAUUAGAACAUACAACUUCUAUUAAAGUUGAAGUUUCUAUCAGCAAGAAAUAUGACGAAAGAAUAAAAAAAAACAUGUUGUGUUUAGCAGCUGUCGAACAACGUAGUCUAGUUCCACAAAAUAUCUUACAUGAUAAUGGAGUUGAAUAAAGUUUAGAUUUUAAAUCUCCCUCUUUUUUUUUUUCGUCUUAACAACACAUUUCUUUGUUUCCCAAUCGUCAUGUGUUCGAUUACAACUGUAUGUAAAUGUACACGUGAUUUGGUAAUUAAUUGUUAACUAGUAAUGGUUUGGUUUCAUGAACUGUAUUUAGGCUGUAGCACAGUAGGUGUUAGAGAACAGGAGUAUGUCGAAAUCAUGUGCCAGAUAAAGCCUAGCAAAACAUCUGGACUGAAGUCUGUUAACUUUUAGUGAUUCAUUCAAAGUAUUUGCUAUGUUCUUCUAGUGGAAGAACAUGAUUGCUGAAGUUGAAUCGUUCUCUAAUAUGGAAAUAAACCCAAGAUCAGUGUAUUGUCAUAAGAAUAGUUUCAAGUUGAAUCUUUUAUGUUUAGAAAACUACUUAACGUUACAUAAUCAAUCAUUUUUAAGUUAUAACUUUACUAAAGAAACAAAGCAGACACGUGGAAACUUUCCACGAGAUUUUUUACUAAUACUAAUGUUUUAUUUAAACCUACAUAAAGGACUUGUCUGAAUCACAUGGAUGUGUUUGAAACUUUUGUGCUAAUAUUUAUGUUUCUUUAUAAAAUUGUGUAGAGAUUUUGCUUGGUUGCAACAAUGAUACAACUAUAAAAACAAGCAGCUUUUUCUUUUUUAUAAAUAAAAGUUUGAAUCAGUUUUAAUCCAUUAAGUUAAACUGGCUGAAUAGUCACGUUUAAAAAAAUGCAGUAAAUCCGAAAUGCUAAUAAAGGAGGAUUUAUAAUAAUUGAAUUUUUUUAUUUCAUCUUUACCUUCGUGCAUUUAUAAUUCCAGAUCAGUCCAUGCACAGAUGUGCUUUGGUAGUAUGAACAGAUCUCCACUGCUCUGUAUAAUUUUGCUAAAAUUUGUUCAACAAAAGUUUUAUUUUUUAACAGAAAAUAAACUCAGUUACUGAAAUGAUUAUUUCUUAAAUACAGCUCAAUAAUGAUUUAUAUGACUCAUUAAAUCUACAUAUAUUUAAUUAUUUAAUGGCAUAUUUAUGUUAAAUUACUCAAACGUUUUUGUGAUUAACUUAUUUAUUAAGGUGGCAUGUGAUGUUACCCCUACAUAUUUCUACAAUGUGACUUAUCCUUCAUAGCACGAAGUGUUCAGUAACUUCUGUCUGACUAUCUCUGUACAUUUACUGUGCGUAACUGGUAAAAACGAGAUUCCUAAACGACUGCGAUUAAUUAAAAUAUUAAAUUGUGUAAAUUUUAAAACGCGCCACAAGGUGUUAAAAGAUCAAAAUCAGUAUGUGAAAAUAGUUGUUUUUUUUUCGAUCUUUUUUUCUUUUUGAUGUCUUUCAAAGAUUAAAACUGAGGUUGACUUCACAGGUCAUGGUCACAAUGGAGCUAGCAUAAAGUAAAAUGUAAAAGUGGGUGGUAAAUUUCCAAAUCGUUUUUUCUUUAGUUCACGUAACACUUUGAGUUGCAGUUGAAACGUUUCAUGUUAAGAAUUGUUUAGGAUUAUGUACAUAUUUUAUUGUGAUGUUCAAUUGCUAAAAACCAAACAAAGAAUAAUUGAUCCCAUGGUUAUAAAUAGGUUUAAUAUUCAGUUAAAAACAUAAUUCUGUGAUCUAUGUUUGCAUAAUUUAUUGGGUGUGAAACUCUAUAUUUAGGAAUAUGAUGUGUAUAAGAAAAGAUUGAUCAAAAUUUCUUGAUGUUGAAAUUGUCAGAUAUAACUCCAUAUUUUGUGUUAAACAUACAAGUACUUGUGAAAGUUUCUGUGUGUAUAUGGGUUAAUUAAACGUUUUAAAGGUUUUUA